UGUGUGAGGACGCGCUCUUGGUCGCUGAGUGCCAGAGCUGGGGAGCAGUUGCUGUGGUACCUGCUGCUGCUGGGGUUGACGCUGAGCAUCGGGCACCGGGCACGGGUCGCUGUGCUAUAGGACGGGAAGGUGACAUGACGUCCUCCAGUGAAAAUGUGCUGUUUGGCAUGGGAAAUCCUCUUCUUGACAUCUCUGCCGUAGUAGACAAAGAUUUCCUUGAUAAAUAUUCUCUGAAGCCAAAUGAUCAGAUUUUAGCUGAAGACAAGCACAAGGAAUUGUUUGAUGAACUUGUAAAAAAAUUCAAAGUUGAGUAUCAUGCUGGUGGCUCUACCCAGAAUUCAAUUAAAGUGGCCCAGUGGAUGAUUCAGGAGCCCCACAAAGCAGCAACAUUCUUUGGAUGCAUUGGGAUAGAUAAAUUUGGGGAGAUUCUGAAGAGUAAAGCUGCUGAAGCACAUGUGGAUGCUCAUUACUACGAGCAGAAUGAGCAGCCAACCGGAACCUGCGCUGCAUGCAUCACUGGUGGCAACAGGUCUCUUGUUGCAAACCUUGCUGCUGCUAAUUGUUACAAAAAGGAAAAGCAUCUUGAUCUGGAGAAGAACUGGCUGCUGGUGGAGAAGGCCAGAGUGUACUACAUAGCCGGCUUUUUUCUUACAGUGUCUCCAGAGUCAGUAUUGAAAGUGGCUCAAUAUGCCGCUGAGAAGAACAAGGUCUUCACUCUGAAUCUGUCUGCACCGUUCAUUAGCCAGUUCUUCAAGGGAUCCCUGAUGGAAGUCAUGCCUUAUGUUGACAUCCUCUUUGGAAAUGAGACGGAAGCUGCCACUUUUGCUAGAGAGCAAGGCUUUGAGACUAAAGACAUUAAAGAAAUAGCCAAAAAGGCACAGGCGCUUCCAAAGGUGAACUCGAAGAGGAAGAGGACCGUGAUCUUCACGCAAGGGAGAGAUGACACUAUAGUGGCUACAGAAAAUGAAGUCACUGCUUUUGCUGUCUUGGAUCAAAACCAGAAAGAAAUCAUUGACACCAAUGGAGCUGGAGAUGCAUUUGUUGGAGGGUUCCUCUCACAACUGGUCUAUGACAAGCCUCUGACAGAAUGCGUCCGUGCAGGCCACUAUGCAGCUAGCGUCAUCAUUAGACGGACUGGCUGCACCUUUCCCGAGAAGCCGGACUUCCACUGAUGGAAGAAAGAAAACUCAGGCUGGAGGCACAGGCUGCAGUGACCACGUCCUGAGCGUUCUCCCUGCCAACUCUGAAACCAUGAUUCUCAUUCUUAAUUUAGAGCUCAGUGCUGCUCCUAGAGCCUUUAGUCCCUGAAAUCCGAGGAAAAAUGUUUAUUUCCAGAGUUUCUUAGUGCUUCGUCAAUGUCUAACAGGAUCACAACAUUUCAAUAGAAGCUUUUAUUUCAUUUUUGAUUGUUUGUAAUUUCAUCUGUAUUUAGUAAACUGAUCAGUUUUUUUUACAUUUCUGCUUUCAAUACAGGUGCAAUUUAAUAUAAUAGACUUUUAAAAGAAACUAAUGCUAACAUCAUUCUUGAGCUUUUUAUAGAAAUAUUUAAUUUGGAAGUGUGUAUGCACACACGUCUCAUAUAUAUACAUAUAGGUAUGUGUGUAUAUAUAUCUAUAUAUAUCUGAUAACUCGUCAAAUAAGGUACAGGAAUGUUUAUCACACCAGAUUACUCCCUAUCAGCUCUUCAGCGGCCUCAGACAUGUGAUGGCCACGGAAAAUAAAUCCCCCAACAUUUGCAUCAUGUUCCAUGUUACUCAAAUUGUACCCUUUUGCUUCCUGAUGGUACUCUGUAAUUUGAUACAAAUAAAUUGCUAUAUAGGAAUCUUUUCUGUCUUGACUUAUGCUCAAUAAAACUAAGGAAGAAAUUGUUGUA